AUGGACAAAGAGACAUAUCUAAGCAUAAUAGCAGUUAGUUUGCUUGUGCCAUGCAUUCUAAUUGCAAUUAGAUUGUUGCAGAUAUUGCCUUCAAGUCAUUUAGGAAAGACAUCUAGUAAAAUCAUUGUUAAUGAUAAUAUAAAAGGAAAACAUAUUAUGAUCCUUCUUGGUUCAGGGGGUCAUACAGGAGAAAUGAUGAAUAUCUUGUCCAAUAUAGAUUUGAAGAAUUUUAAUAGGAUUUGGGUGGCAUCCUCUGGUGAUUCAACUUCAUUACAAAAAGCACAGACAUAUGAAGAGAAGUUAGAAAAGACCAAGUAUUCAACUUCUUUCAUGACUUUAUACAGAGCUAGAAAAGUAGGAGAAUCUAUCCCACUGUCAAUUAUUAGUACAAUCAAGUCAUUGAUAUCUACAUUUACAAGUCUAUUAACAUUACCACAUAUACCUUCCAUUGUUUUAUUAAAUGGUCCAGGAACAUGUGUUCCAUUAGCUUACCUGUUAUUUGUACUUAAAUUCUUUGGACUCGCCCAUACAAAAAUCAUCUACAUUGAAAGUUUAGCAAGAGUUAAUAAUCUCAGUUUAUCUGGAAAGUUACUAUUACCAAUAUCAGAUAGAUUCAUUGUUCAAUGGGAAAAGUUAUCCCUUAAAUAUCAAAGAGCUGAAUAUUACGGAAUCUUAGUAUAG